CACGAUUCUCUGCCUCGCGAUAUAAGACCGUCAAGGUUUCUCUCUCACGAUGACCAUCAGCUGCGUUCAACUCCUUUCAACAAAGUCAUAGAUACUCGGAACGCGUCCCUACCUUUUCCUCUUCUCACCUUAUCACAAUCAUGACUUACAAGUCCAACUACGAGCCUUAUACAAGUCAAAGCUUUGACUUGAACAGGCUUCGACCUUCCGAAGAGCUCCUCUAUCCUCUGGGAACUCUCUAUCCUCACGUUGUCGCUCUCCAGAUGCAAUCCGACGACAACCCAUGGUCCAGAGCCAAGAACUUCUCCGGCUAUCAUGAUACCUCGUACUGGGCCGAAGUCUCUUCUCCACGAUCCCUCCCGGAGCAUUACCUGAAACCCACACCACGCAGGUACAGCGACUCUACGGCGUCUAGAUUUGUUUCUAGAAUCCGACGAUUCCUAAGCCGAGAUGAUAUGCGACGACGCCAGCGAUUUGAGUGAGAGAGACGAUUCAGGAAUCUCAUUGUCAUCGUCAUUUUUUUUUUUUUUCUAAAUUUUACCUUUUCU